AUGAGAGAUCUGAUGAUGCUCGAGAAUCAGUUACCUUUGUUUCUCUUGCAGAAGCUUCUGGAAAUGCAGUUGGGUUCUCAAGAUAAGGCGGAAGAAAGGCUCUGCAAUCUAGUGACUCUCGCCUGUGAAGAUUGGUCGCCAUUUAUGUUGAAGAUGCGAGAUAGUUCAAGGCUCCUUAUAAAGGAGUCUGGUCACAUAUUGGAGGAGCUAUACUACUCUAUUGUCACUGCAGCCAUGGACGAUACCAAUUUUAAGAAGAAUGAUGACCGGAAUGUCCCGUUGCCGGAUUCAACCUACUUAAGGAGUGCUCUGAAAGCUUUAUGGAAGGCUCUAUCCUCCUUAAGAAUCAGCCUUGUUCAGCUUGUCUCGGCACUCUCUGAGCGUGUCAUAAAAGGGAGGCCUGUCCAGUUGGUGACACAAUUGUCCAGGAAUCUUGUUUCCAUUUUUCAAACUCUUUCAUUUAAGCGUAAAGAUGAAAAGGAUGAGGAAACAGAUGAGGAGAGAGGAUAUUCCUCCGCGGAAACUCCUCCAACUCGCAACGAACUAGCAAUUCCCUCCGUCUCCGAUUUAUACUCCGAAGUAGUAAGAUUCCUUCCUACCAAGGGCGGCCUCACCACAAUUCGGUUCGACACGACCACUGCAACUCUUUGUCUUCCCAAAUUAAGGUUAGAUUCCCACACCGAAGUAGUUCUCAGAAAUCUAGUGGCGUUCGAAGCUUCGGCGGCUCCUGGUGCUUUGAUCUUCACUCGCUACACUGAUUUCAUGAACGGCAUCAUCGACACAGACAAAGAUGUUCGGCUGCUGAGAAAGAGCGGGAUUAUCUACAAUCACCUGGCUAACGACGGGAAAGUGGCAAGCCUGUGGAACGGCUUGGGUAAUUGCGUCAAAUUGACGCGAGUUAAGUAUUUGGACCAAGUUAUAGCAGAUGUGAACAACCAUUAUAACAACAGACGGAGCGUUGCUGCGAAGAAGUAUGUAAACAAAUACAUAUUUGGUUCGUGGCAGCUCCUGACUGUUAUGGCCACGGGGAUACUUCUGCUUCUCACUUGCUUCCAGACCUUCUUUUCUAUGUAUGACUGUAAGGAUUAA